CUCAUGGCCACUCUGGACCUCCCCGCUGGGGUGUUGCUCUCGCUGUUGGCGCUGCUGGCGGCAAUGCUGUUUGGGCCCCUGUGCCGCCGCCGAUGCCCCACCGCACCCCACCUGCCCUGCCUUCCCUCCCUGCCCGUGCUGGGCAGCCUGCUGAGCCUGAGAGGCCGGCAGCCCCCCCACCUGCUCUACACUGAGCUGGCACGGGACCACGGCGCGCUGUUCGCCCUCUAUCUGGGGCCACACUACACUGUCGUGGUGAACGACUUCAGGCACGCCAGGGAGGUGCUCCUGCAGCGCGGCAAGGAGUUUGCUGGCAGGCCAAAGAUGGUCACCACGGAGCUGCUGAGUCGGGGGGGGAAAGACAUUGCCUUUGCCGACUAUAGCCCACUAUGGAAGAGCCACCGCAAGUUGGUGCACUCGUGCUUCACCAUGUUUGGAGAGGGGAGCAGCAAGCUGCAGGCCAUUGUAUGUGAAGAGGCUGCUAGCCUGUGUGCAGACCUGCUGGCGAAGACAGGCCAGCCACUGGACCUCGGGCUGGCCCUGAUGCGAGCCGUCACCAAUGUGGUGUGUACGCUCGUGUUUAGCUCCACCUACCAGCCCCAGGAUCCCGAGCUCCACAGAGUCAUGGAGUACAACAGGGGCAUUGUGCAGACCAUUGCUCGUGGAGGAUUGGUGGACAUCUUCCCCUGGCUCAAGAUUUUCCCUAAUAAAGAUGUGAUGAAACUGAAGAAGUGCAUUGGUGUCAGAGAUGAGCUGCUGAACAGGAAACUGAGGGAGCACAAGGAGAGCUACAGUCCCGAGGUUACACGUGACCUGCUGGAUGCGCUCCUGAAAGGCCAACAAGGCACAAGGGACGAGUCCCGGAUCACCGAUGACCACGUCCUCAUGACUGCAGCAGAGGUGUUUGGGGCUGGUGUAGAGACCACCUCCACAACGUUACUAUGGAUGAUCGCCUUCCUGCUACACUACCCCAAGGUGCAGGAGCGAAUUCAGCAGGAGCUGGAUGAGCAGAUCGGGCUGGACCGCUCCCCCACACUGGAAGACCGUGGCCGGCUGCCUUACCUGGAGAGCACCCUGUGUGAGGUGAUGAGGAUCCGGCCUGUCAGCCCGGUGCUUAUCCCACAUGUGGCUCUGCAGGACACCAGCAUCGGAGUACACCACAUUCCCAAGGGUACACAUGUGUUGGUCAACAUGUGGUCCAUCCACCAUGACCCACAGAGGUGGGGAGACCCUGCCAGAUUCAGGCCAGAACGAUUCCUGGACAAUGAUGGCCGACGUAUCUCCCCACCUUGGUUCCUCCCAUUUGGGGCAGGGCCACGGGUCUGCGUGGGCGAGUCACUGGCCAAACUGGAGCUCUUCCUGUUUAGUAGCUGGCUGCUACAGCAGUUUGUCUUCACCGUCCCACAGGGCGCCCCCCUGCCAGACCUCCAGGGCCGAUUUGGUGUCGUUCUACAACCACAGGACUACAUAGUCUCAGUCACCCCCCGUUUUGGGAAAGAGUCUGAACCUCCAGAGAUCAGGGAGGUAAAACCUGAUCCACAAUGAAAACGCAUUAGCAAAGAAACACACCGCCUGUGAUGGAGUCCCAUAACAUUACUGCUGAUGUCUCUGUAAGCAGCAAAGGUGUGAUCUAAAUAUAAAAACAAAAGUAACAACAAGACUCUUGACGGUUAUUGAAAUAACUGCAUGUCAUCAUGACCCAGUCCAGAACAUUCUGGGCAAAUCCACAGGGUGCCUUGUGAGCAGUAACGACUGGCAGGUAAGUCACAAACCAAUGAGACAAAACAGACAAAACCCCCCUUAUGUGACGCAAAUAUUGUUGACUAUCUCAUAAAAAAAAGAUCUGGGACAUAUUAACUAACAUUUGGUAUUCAUAAUUAAAAUGUUGAAUGUAGAAGAAAUGGACAGGAGUGAAGACCUGACUUUGACAACGGCCAAAUCAUUAUGGUCAGAUGACUGGGUCAGAGCAUCUCCAAAAUGAAUGCUUAUGGUCAGCUGUGGUCAAUGCCUGCCGACAUCUGAGGAGGGAAAAACCACAAUCCACAGAGAGGGUGUUGGUGAGAUUCGUCGAUGCGAGAUGUGAGCGAAGGCUAUCCUGUGUGGUACGAAUCAACAGAAUGACUACUGUGGCACAAAUUCCAGAGAAUUUUUAUGAUGGUCAUUGGAGUAAUAUGUCACAGGAGUAGAUGUGCAUCGAGCCCUGCUGUGCAUGGGGCUGAGUAAGUAGCCGCAGGCCAGUUAGAAUGCCCAAGCUAACCCCUGAACUCGUAACACUGGAAGCAGCUCCAAUGAGCAUGCAGGAAUUGGAACUGGACCUUGGAGGGGUGGAAGAAGGUUGCCUGGUUUGAUGAAUAAUGUGGAUGGCUGCAUCACCAGCAUCUAUGGGAUGUGCUUGACCAACAUGUGUGAUCCAUGGCUACACAGCCCCAUACGCAGUAGGGCUCAUUGCCCUGUGCGUUGUGAUACAUUACUACUCUGAAACCUUAUUCCUGUGAUAUAUUACUACUCUGAAACCUUAUUCCUGUGAUACAUUACUACUCUGAAACCUUAUUCCUGUGAUACAUUACUACUCUGAAACCUUAUUCCUGUGAUACAUUACUACUCUGCAACCUUACUCCUGUGAUACACUACUCUGAAACCUUAAUCCUGUGAUACAUUACUACUCUGAAACCUUACUCCUGUGAUACACUACUCUGAAACCUUAAUCCUGUGAUACAUUACUACUCUGAAACCUUACUUCUAAAGCCAUUAUUAAAAUCAUCUGCCAUUUGUGA